GGACAGCGUUAAAAGGGUUUGAUGGGCAGUCACGGCGAGAGAAAGAGGAGUCUGUCACCAACAUCACUGCACAGAGACGUCACUGUCAGCUCUCAACAAGAUAUUAUUAGCUGCUGCAAGCGAACGUCGAUGGCUUUGAAGGAGAGCCGCCUCACCUGGAGCUUCCUGCUGUGGUCUGUGACGUGGUGCUCGGCUCGGACUUUUACGCCACAUGAAGGGUCUUCGGUCAGUCCCAUAUUUCAUCGGACCACUCCACCUCUGAACAGCUCUGAGGCCCCUACGAACAAUUUCACAGGCCUGAGCUGCACGACGCUGCUUCCCCCUCGGCGAGGUUCUUUCUAUGUAGAGAGGGGCACUGGGAUGACUGUGGGCACGGUGUUGGUGUUCUGGUGCCUCGAGGGGUACCAGCUGGUGGGCAGCGAGGAGAUCACCUGUGUCCUACGUAGCGACACCGCUCAAUGGAGCAACUACCCACCCGACUGUGAGGCCAUUCCCAAACCAGAGGACCGCGGGCUGAGAGUGGCUGUACUGGCAUCAGUAGUGAGCAGCAUCAUCAUCCUCGCCAUGUCCGUGUCCUUCGUCAUCUGCUGCCUGCAGGAGCGCAUGAGCAAAGAGAGGGCAGAACGGACAGACGGACGGGGCAGGACGAGAGACAAGUGCAAAUCAUCCUGGAGGAAUGAGUGCUGGCUGGAGAGAGAUGAAGGAGACUGGGAAGCUUUUCAUCCACCUAAAAUUUACAGUCUUUCCCAGCACCUUGACCCUCAUCUGACCCCUGAGAGCCCGGUCUAUAUGGGGGGACUGGCUAGUUAUGAUAACCAUGGGUAUCAGAGAAGUCAGGAAAACCUCCUGAAAGCUCCCCUUCCUGGUCUUUACCGUACAGAAAGUCAGAUGUACCCGCAUGUGGUCCUGCAGAGGGUUCCCACACCCACAGUGCCGACUGCACCCAGCGCGCCCGUCUACCUCUGCCUCUCCACCCCUCCGCCCGCAGAAAGCCCCGGCGAACAGUCUGCUCUGCCGCCGUACCCCAGCGCCACUCCACAGCGUCUGUGGCCAUAGAAACACACUUUUAUUCAGAACUUUUACAACUGUUGCCAUGGCGACAGAUUACGGCCCCUACAUGCAAACAGCUCCUGGGGUUCAGAAAACCAAGAGAAAUGAUGGACUCAAGUUAGAGCCACCUAGAUCACUACACACCGCUAGAUCUAGAUGUUGGACCAUGUGUGGGUUCAAAUGUAGUUACAUUUAGUACGUUGCAUAUGUAAGGACAUUUCUGAAUGACUCUAAGGAGGCCCGUUGUGUAGUUUCUUGGAGAGGAAAGUUACAUUAGGAGAGGUGAGGACUCCAUACUGGUACUGUGAUCCACUCCAGGUUUUAUUAUUGUCAGUUAGUACUUUUUAUUUUUGUGGUAAAGGUUCUGACUUGCACUCAUAAAAUGAAAAAAUGCAACCGUGUCAUGUCACAUUAGAGCAUCGGUUUAAUAUUUCUAUGUUUUUUGUAUUAUAGAAGUGUAGGAGAAUUACACUGACAUCCAGAUUAUGGACAGACAUUGGGAUCUCAUAAACCUAUGAUACUUCAAACUUGAUUUUGUUUAUAACAAAUAAAAAGAUUAAAAUAUAUGUACAUGUGUAUUUUUUAU